AUGAGAGCCCAAUAUAAUAUGAAAGACAAUGGCAUUCGAAAUUAUGUUAUCGUCCUAUUUUUUAAAAAUUGCGAACGCUAUAUAUAGAUUAAAUCUAGGAAUUAGAACAUGCAACUGCAGUGUCGGUAUUCCAUCGUACUUCCCAAAAGGUAGCGUUAUUUUCGUUUCUGUCCUUCUGUUUUCUGACAUUGUGAACGCUAUUUAUAGCUUUAAUCUAAAUAAACUAGGACGCGACAGUCCAUUAUCGGUAUUACAUGGUAUUUUCCCUUACAUUGAACUUACAUGAGCCAAAACCUCGCAUAAAUAUGGAUGUUCCCGGACGGCGUGUGGAAAUAAACAUUCGAUAUGAAGCUGCUAUGGUCCUUAGUGGUGUCGGAGAUGCCCUUGGUUAUAAAAAUGGCGAGUUUGAAACGUGCCAGUCUGGGACAGAGAUUAAGGCAAUGGUAGAAUCAUUGGGUGGACUGGAUCAGAUUAUCGUAAAACCGCCGGAAUGGAUCGUUAGUGAUGAUACGUUGUUUCAUAUGGCAACAGCAAAGGUACUUAUUGACGCGAGUUCACGGGACUUAUCAAACGCUAAAUUUCUGAGAAAUCUUGCAAUCGAGUACAAAAACUGUAUUGCAGAAAUGGUCGAAAUGGGAGAUAGAAGUCCCGGGGAAACGUGUUUGUCUGCAUGCCGACUGCUUGAUCCAUGGGAUCCCAAUGGGUGCGGGGUGCCAUUCAACCAAAGAGGCGGAGCAUGUGGAGCGGCAAUGAGAGCAAUGUGUAUUGGGCUUCGCUACCCGAAACCAGAGCAACUGGGUGAUCUUGUUAAAGCUAGCGUAGAAGCUGGUAUAAUAACGCAUCAUCAUCCGACUGGGUACCUGGGAUCCCUUGCUUCUGCUGUGUUCACUGCGUUCGCUAUUCAGUCAAAACCUGCACGUGAAUGGGGAGCAGGUCUCCUGUCCGUUCUUCCUCGGGCUAGAGAAUUUAUAAGUUCCCGGAAUCAGAGUGUAAAUGAAAAUGUUGGAGCAUGGGACUACUUUGAGAGUCGCUGGAAAGAGUAUCUUGGAGCACGACAGAUCAUGGAUGGCAACACCGACGCCAUGUUUCCGCUCAAUUAUGAUUUCUCAAAACGGGAUGCGUUCUACGAGUACAUGAGUUAUGAUGGGCUUGGAGGAAGCAGUGGUCACGAUGCUCCGAUGAUUGCCUACGACGCCAUUCUUGGAUGCAACGGAGAAUGGAAAGAGUUAUGUGAUCGGGCUAUGUUCCACGGCGGGGAUAGUGAUAGCACUGGUGUCAUUGCGGGAUGCCUGUAUGGCGCCUUGUAUGGUUACCGAGAGGUCCCAGAAAACAACUACGCGCAGCUAGAGUACAAAGGGGAACUGGUGAAAUUAGGACGAGAUUUAUACCAACUCAGUCAUACGGAAUAAAUCUUUGGAAUGUCCAACAAUUGUUACUCUGUUAAUUUAGUGUAUGUACACUUAAUCAGAUAAAUGACUGAACUAGACGAAAGCAAUAUUCAACAUGUUGUAAUCAAAUGGCAUUUAUUGAAAAAAAAAUAAGAUCAGUUUGGUUAUAAGUAUGUGCUACAGUGUGAGGACACCGCGCAAAUUAUAGCGUUUAAACAAAAUUCGUUAGAUGACACCUUAGUGUUGCAUGAUGCAUAGAAUGAAUGUAGAUGUUCUUAUUUGUAAUGGAAGUGAAUUGAUAUCCUAGAACAACAAAAGGAAAAGCUUCGCUACCUUAUUCAGUGUGUAAACGUCUUGGCAAUGUACACACAAAUAAUGUCUCAAGAAUAUUACACCAAUCAAUAGUUACAUUUUGUUUUGAUAUUGUUGUUCAGGUAUACGUUACAUGCAUACCAGCAGCAAUUAAUAAGUAUGCAUAAAAAGGCGUUGGUUGAAAUGCAUAACAGAAUUUGUUGCAUUGUAAACAUUUGUUUAUAUUCAUCUAUAUACAUAUCAAAACACCCAUGAUACAAACGA